AUGGGCAUCGCCGACUGCGAGGUGUAUUUGGAGGUGGCCUAUCUUGUGUCAACCACCACCCGGACUGUCACUUGGACGGCAAGCACCACGACGGUGUCGCGCACGGUGACCGACACCUCCUACCUUUCUGCUGCAGCAACGGACGUGGUCCGGACGACAGAGACCGACACGACAACCAUCAUCACGACGCCCUACGUAGAGGCUGUUGCGACGGCGACGGCGACAGUCGACGCCACGGAUUUUGCGGACUAG